AGAAUUUAGGAAGUGAUAAAAAUGGCGGGAUCUUUGGCAAUCGUAGAAGCUGAACGCCAUGGGAACGAAGACCGAGUAAGCUCCAUUCAAGGCCAAUGGCAAGUUCAUUUUGCUCGUUUCAUAGUUUAUCAAUCUCUCCCUGCCAUCUAUCCCCCUCUCGUCGUACCUCUUACUAAGAGACAACGAUGUCGCUCGCGUGGAGGCAACUGGAUCGCCACAUCUUUUCCAGUCGCUUCUUUGCAUAUCAUCAAUGGUCUCUCAAGAUCCGAAGCUAUCCUCACCGUUUCUCUAAGCGGGAAGAUCCUUAUGAGUUGUUCGUUACCGAUUCUUCUAGAAAUUGUAUUCUCUUAUUUGGAGCAGGAAGAGCACCACAUUUCCAAGCUGCACUUCUCCUGGCCUCAAAUCCAAUGCAUCCCUGAAAUUCCUGCUAGGGGCAGCAGAGCUGUGUUUGUAAGCUACAAAGACUGCGCGGACGAGAUUCAGAAGUUUGCUUUGCGGUUUUCUACACAUCAUGAGGCAGUAUCCUUCAUGAAUACUCUUCAGGAGAAGUUCAAGGGUAAAGUUGAAAUUGAACCUUUAAACACAGACUUCGGAUCUGAUUUUUCACUACAAUUGGAUUUCAUAUCUAGUAAUGAACUUCCUUCUAGAGCCAAUCAAGAGUUGAGUGAUUUGAAUCCUGAGGGUACUUGCACUCCGCAAAUGUCCCCCAGUUUGAGCUAUGAAAUUGGAAAGCAGUCAGUUGAUCAAGAUGCGAAGCUUAAUAACAAUUCCGAUGGCAUUCUUCAACCCUUGCCCCCCAGUUUCACAUCAUUACUGACCAAUUGCUGCCCUACCGCUGAAAAAGCUACCAAUCAACCCAGAGUGUCUGAGGAAAUCGAUCUCAAAUCCCAAAUUGUGAAAUACAUGGAAGAUUCUUCCUUCCAAGAUAUGUUGACUAAAGUAGAGAAAAUUAUCAAAGAAGUUGAAGCUGACAUUCAGCUGUAA